GUGAGUGGCGAGGCUCACCACAUGUAAACAAAACAACGUGCGCUGUGAGGGUGUGCUGACCGUGAGCUGCUGGACUAUCGCAGCCCUUAUAAUACUAAGAUCAAGUGAGCUGCUGGAGGAAGACUGCUGCAUCACACAAGUCACUUCACAAUAUGUCUAGAAUAGUGGUGAAGAACCUUCCUAAACAGAUAAGUCAAGAGGAACUAAAGAACCACUUCAGUCUGAAGGGAAGCAUCACAGAUGUAAGAUUGAUCCACAAAAAUGGGGAGUUUCGCCGGUAUGCUUUCAUCGGCUAUGAGGGCGAGGGUGAUGCCAGUGCAGCAUGUGACUACUUCCACAACACCUUCAUCAAGCAGGCCAGGGUGAUGGUGGAGAUGUGUCAUGACUACAGCAGUAAAGAAAGGCCGGAGUCAUGGGCAGAGAAGAAAAAGAAAAACAAAGAAAAAAAAUCCAACAAAUCACAAUUGAAGGAGGCAAGUACAAACAACAACAAUGAAACAGAGACUAAGAAAGAAGGAAAGAAAAAGAAAGAGAGGAAAAAAGAUGAAGACUCCUUGAAAGAAAAGUUACUUGGACAGUACAAGGAUGACCCAAGCUUUACUGAGUUUCUGAAAGCCGACAAGAAGGGGGCAAAGGAGGGGGAAGGUGCUGCAGUAUUUGCUGAGCAGGAGAGCAGCAGUGAAGCAGAGGAGGAGGAGGACCAGGAGGAGGAAGAAGAGAAAGAAGACAAACUAGCUCAAAAAAAGAAUGUCUCAGACCAAGAUUAUUUGAAGAGCCUGAUGAAAACAGAGACCCAAGACAAGGAUCACAUAGAAGGCAAAAAACCAUUGAAGAAAAAGGAGAAAAAGGAAUUCUACACAGUGGUGAUACGAGCUACAGAAAUGUGUAAAACCAAGCAGAGCAACAGCCGAACCUUCACUAAGAAGGCUGUUAAGGCCUUUCUAAAGCCCCUCAAGUUCAAGAGUCUGAGGAUACCCAAGAAUGCAAGGAUGGUUGCUUAUGUAGGCUUCAAGACAGAGAAGGAAAUGAAGCAGUCACUGCAGAAAGAUAAGAGUUUCCUGGAUGGAGUCAGAGUUCACAUUGUCAAGCAUGAGAAGCCCUCAGGCAAUGGUGACACUAGCAACCAAAACACCAACACCCCUUGGACUGCAAAGGAGGAGGCAUUGAAGCAGGCAGAACCUGUGGCAGAGUCCGGCAAACUGUUUGUGCGAAAUCUCUGGUACUCUGUCACAGAGGAGCUUCUGCAGGAACUGUUUCAGAAAUAUGGAGAGGUUACAGACAUCACCCUGCCCAUCUGUAAGCACACACGCCGGGCCAAGGGCUUUGCCACCAUCACUUUCCUAUUCCCAGAGCAUGCAGUGAAGGCAAUGACUGAGCUGGAUGGCACAAACUUCAAGGGGAGAAUACUGCACAUUCUGCCAGCCAUUGAACCCGAGACCAAGGAGCAACAGAAAGAAAACCUGAGCUUCAAAGAGAAGAAAGCCCAGGAAAAGAAGGCCACUGCGGGAUCCUGGCACAACUGGAACACCUUGUUCAUGGGCAGCAGCGCCGUGGUGGAUAUCAUGGCUGAGCGUUACAACAGGUCCAAGCAAGAGAUUCUCGACUCUGAAGGUAAACAGAGUGUUGCUGUCAACCUUGCCUUGGGGGAGACUCAGGUGGUGGAUGAAACAAAGCGCUUUUUAGAAGAGAAUGGAGUGUCCUUGGAGGCGUUCUCUAGCCCUGGUGUUCAGCGUUCCAAAACUGUCUUCCUGGUGAAAAAUCUUCCUGCCAGAACUACCGCCAAAGAACUGGUGGAACUGUUCAGCAAGUUUGGUGAGCUGGGCCGUGUGGUUCUUCCUCCCUCUGGCGUGACAGGCAUUGUUGAGUUUCUGGACUCUGGUGAAGCAAAGAAAGCAUUCCGCAAUUUAGCCUACUCCAAGUUCAAAAGCCUGCCACUUUACUUGGAAUGGGCACCAAUCCAAGUGUUCAAGACAGACUUUGUAGCCAAACCAGAGGAGACUGAGGAAGAAGACAAGAAGAAGACUGAAGUUGAUGAAAUUACCAAAAAAGAAGAGCCAUCAGCAGAUUCUCACCUGGCACCUGAACCAGACACCACUGUAUAUGUCAAGAACCUGAACUUUUCUACAACAGAAGACAUGCUCAAACAGCACUUUGAGAAAAUUGGACUCAUUGCCUCAGUGUUGAUAGCCAAGCGACGUGGAGAGUCUCAGGGUUAUGGGUUUGUGCAAUUCCUGAGGAAAGCAGAUGCCAAGAAAGCUUUAAGAGAGAUGAACGAGUCAACCCUUGAAGACCACAAGCUUCAGAUCAAGCUGUCAGAGAAGACUUUGGUGACUAAUCUGAAGAGUGCAAGGAAGAUGCAUGACGCAGGGAAACAGACUUCUUCUAAGAUAAUGGUGAAGAACAUUCCCUUCCAGGCCACACCCAAGGAAGUGAGACAGUUGUUUGUAAUAUUUGGUGAGCUGAAAUCUGUCCGUCUGCCUCUGAAACCAGGGAGCAAUGAGCACCGAGGGUUUGGCUUUGUUGAUUAUGUGUCCAGACAGGAUGCCAAGAAAGCAUUUGAGGCCCUGGGACUGAGCACACAUUUAUAUGACCGCCGGCUGGUGCUGGAGUGGGCUAAGGAGGAUGAGACGGUAGAGGAGCUGAGGAAGCGGACGGCAGAACACUUCCUUGGAGGAGGACCCACUAAGAAGAAAACCAAGGUUCAGAUAGAUUCAAAGAAGAAUGAAGACUCUGAUGAUGAUUAAGUUAAGAUUGCACCAAUAUAAGGAAAGACGACUCUAACACUCCCAAUCCAGCCCCUAGGACUCCACACUGCUUCUGGUGCGUCGGGGGAGUACUGAAGCCGGCAGCCCUCGUUCGCGUGGUCAAGAACCUGCAUCCUUAGUUCUGUUCCUCCCUCCUCUCCUGUAGAAGACUUCCCGCCUCUCUCCCCCAAGACAUCACAACGCUACGAGGACUCACCGUGGAGGACAUGAUGAAGCUGUUGUUGAUCUCGCUAGCUUCACCAUAUGUAAGGUGUUCGUGAACAAGGUUAUAGCGUAGAAAAAAAGAGAAGAAAAAAAACA